CAUUUGCCUUCACAGAUACAGUCAGUCACAAACAUCUCAUCUCCAACUCACCAGACCAUGAUAAUUGAUACAUACAAACAAUUGCACUUAACUCAUUCAUUCUCUUCUCUUCUCUUCAGAUUAUAGAAGGGAUACUGCUUCUCCAUAAACCUGCAAUGCGAUAGAUUACCAGGUUCUUCCUCACCUAUAUUUUGCUCAGGUGUGCACUGUGGACCCCAUUGUCAAAGCUAGCAUAUACUUGAUUAGAGGUUAGAGACCAAAAAUGGUAAAAUCAACAUAUGAGAAAUUUUCAAAGGACUUUGUGAUGGGGGGAGUAGCAGCAAUCAUAUCAAAGAGUGCAGCGGCACCAAUUGAGAGAGUGAAGCUUUUAUUGCAAAACCAAGGUGAAAUGAUUAAAAGAGGACAGCUCAAAAAACCAUACUUGGGUGUGUCUGAUGGCUUUAAGAGGGUCUUCAUGGAAGAGGGUUUGAUUGCCUUUUGGAGAGGACACCAGGCCAAUAUUAUCCGAUAUUUCCCCACACAAGCUUUCAAUUUUGCAUUCAAAGGUUACUUCAAAAGCAUUUUUGGGUAUUCCAAAGAGAGAGACGGGUACAUUAAGUGGUUUGCUGGGAAUGUGGCUUCAGGCAGUGCUGCAGGAGCGACUACAUCACUACUUCUGUAUCAUUUAGAUUAUGCACGUACUAGGUUGGGCACCGAUGCAAUAGAGUGCCGUGUUACCAGUCAACGCCAGUUUAAAGGACUAAUUGAUGUAUACCGGAAGACCUUAUCAAGUGAUGGAAUUGCUGGCUUGUACAGGGGAUUUGGGAUUUCAAUAUGGGGAAUCACCUUGUAUCGAGGGAUGUACUUUGGGAUCUAUGACACCAUGAAGCCUAUUGUUUUAGUUGGGCCUUUUGAGUCCAAUGUGGGUCUCUUGAUUUAUUUUCUGCAGGGGAAGUUUCUUGCUAGUUUCUUAUUAGGUUGGAGCAUCACAACUUUUUCAGGGGUUUGUGCAUACCCUUUCGACACAUUGCGCCGGCGAAUGAUGCUCACCUCUGGGCAUCCAAACAAGUACUGUACUGCAAUACAUGCAUUUCAAGAGAUUGUUCGACAGGAGGGUUUCCGAGCUCUAUUUCGAGGAGUUACCGCAAAUAUGCUUCUUGGCAUGGCAGGAGCUGGGGUGCUUGCUGGAUACGAUCAGCUGAACCGUAUCUCAUCUAGACACAGUCACUAUAAUGAGACAAACCAAAGAGUUCUGAAAUGAAUGCCCGAGUAGGAAAGAAAUGCCUAACCUAAAAGAGGCAUAUUCAUCAUUUUGAAUGAAUAGUAUGCCUGUUCAUUUCAAAAGUUUGGUCUGAAGGACCAUAACAUAAUAAACGAACUUUUGGACAUGACAGCGGAAGGUAUUUGUUCUGGUUCAAUAAUUAAUCACAUUUAACGUGUCCAAAAGAAUGUUUUUUUUUUUUUUUUUUUCUAAAGGGAGUUUUGCAUUUUGGGACCUUAAAAGUCAUACUAUGGCUGUUCAUUUCAAAAGUUUGGUCUCAAGGACUAUAACACAAUAAACAAACUUUUGGGCAUGGUGACCAAAGGCAUUUGUUCUAUAAACCAAACUAUAGUUCGAUCUUUGAACAUGGUAAACUUGAUUUUUAGGUCCUUAAAUUAAAUUCUCCCUUUUUUAGUGGCGAUUUUUAGAAUUGGAAUACUCUACUGCCUCAUUGUAAAUUUAACUCCCCAUUUAGAAAAAAAUAAAUAAAUAAAUAAUUUGCUUGGGGCGAGGGUUAUUGGAAACGUUUCAAGACUGCAAAGCACUCAGCCAACCUGUCUGUUUCUAUUAAUGCUGUAUAUAUGAAGUUUACGAUGUACAGUUUACAUCCCCAGUUUCAGUUAUAUUAUUAACAUCAUUGCACA